AUGACACAUUUAGCACUCCCUUGGUGGCUGAAAACCUCUUCCGCCACCGCAAGUGGUGGUUCUGAUACUCAUGUGUCGUCGGAAAAUGCAUCAACCAGUAACUGUUGUGGCCUGUCCAACUUAAUGAGAAGAGUACUCAAAAAACGAAGCAAAAUGUUGCAUUCUACAAGUAGACAAUCGUCGUUCCAAUGCCGAUAUGAUCCACUGAGUUAUUCGCUAAACUUCGAUACAAGUGGCUCAGGUAACUUGUUAGAUGAAGAUUACUAUAAAUUCUAUUCCUUCUCGUCGAGAUUUGCUGCUACGCCGAGAACAGAUUGCCAAAGAUUAGUGACUGCUUCGCACUAG